AUGGCUGAGGCCUAUCGUCAUGGUCAUUUGAACCCUAGUUAUUUUAGUAUUCCUUAUGAAGCGGAGCUUGAUUGCAAGUGGAAUGUCAUUGUAUAUGAUGGGAACACGUCGUCACUGGAAUCUGAAGACGAUGCAGUAAAAGCUGCAAAGUUUUUGUAUAAAUACGGAAGUCCUCAAGCAGUCAAGAUACUAGAGGGAGGAUUUGAGUUAUUUACACGUUUAUAUCCAUACAUGAGGAGUGAUGUAAUAAUGUAUUUGCCACGAGAACUUGAAUCAUUUCAAACUUAUCCUUUGGAAGUUUUACCAAAUGUUUUAUACAUUGGUACAAUUCAACAUGCUGGUGAUCGUAAAUUGCAUAGACAAAUGAAUAUUACAGCACAUGUUAAUUAUGCCUUAGAUAAUAAUGAUGAUCCAAUAUAUCAAAAUUGUAAAGACUCUGCGUUCAAUAUUCAAUCAUCCAAUACUACUAAUAAUGAUGAAUUAUUAUCGUUCUUGGACGAUGUUUGUGAUUUUAUUCAGGAGAAACGAUUAAAAGAACAACGAGUUUUAAUUAUUUCAAAAUGUAUGAUUAAUCAAUCUGUAGUGAUUGCAAUUGCUUAUUUGAUUAAAUAUGAAAUGAUGACUUUAAAAGAUGCAUGGAUGUAUUUACGCAAAAUCUGUGUACCAAUGCAACCAAGUUGGAAUUUUAUGCUACAAUUAGCUGAAUUUCAAUAUCAGUUAAAUCGUACGGAACAAUUGAUUCCAUUAACAGAAAAUGAAUAUUAUGAAAGAUGA